AUGAAUUACAAAUCAAUCUUUGUAAUUGUCUUUGUGGCCAUUGUUGCCAUUGUUGAUGCCGCCACACCAAGAUGUGGUUUGGGCACUUUGGACUUUAGCCAACUUAAAAAACCAGUUGACGAGGGAUAUACUGCUAUCAAUCCAAUGACUUGGAGAAUCAUCACCGUGAACAUUUGUGAUAGAAGUGCAGUGUGCCAUGACUACCCAUCUGGCGACAACAACACUGUUGCCUGCUAUUCAAACUCCAUGACACCUUCCGACAAGUCAGCAUUUGCUCAACUCGAUGGCUUUGUAUUCACUCAGUCUGAGUCUGUCAUUCUAAGCUACUAUGGCACAGGUAACUAUAACUCACAGACUAGUGUCGGUCCAGCUAUUGGUAUCCCGGGUGGCCCAAUGGGCCCAGGUGGUCCAAUGGGUGUGCCAACAAUUGGCAUACCAACAUCUGUUAUUCCAACAACAACUAUGCCAGCUAUUGGCACCACGACUGAGAAAGACACGACCACCACCUCUUCCUCGACCACCGAUGCAGCUGAUACCACUGCUGGCAGCGGUACCACGAUUGGUGGCCCAAACAUGAGAUACAGACCCAAGAUGGACAUGUCCUCGACCAGUUCAACGCCACUAUCCAAAUUGAUGCUCCUUGGUGCCGACCCAUUGGUCAUCACUGCCAACAUCAGUAUCGAGUGUAGCGAUGCCUCCACUUCCUUUACCUACUCCGGCUCAACGGGUCCCACCAUGUUGUUUAGGUUGCUCACCCCACACGCUUGCAACUUCCAAGAGAACCCAUUGGUCAAUGGCUACUCCUAUGACAUGGCCAAUGGCCAGCUGACCCUGACCGGUGUCAACUUCACCGUCACCCAGGCCAACGACUCGACCAUCCUCAACGAUACCCACGUCCUCGUUGACAACGAGCCAUGCGCCCUGAUUAGCGGCAAUGAUACCUACCUCGUCUGCACCGUGGCCAACAAACUGACCGUACCAGGCAUCCACAGUCUCAAUGUCAAGAGUCUUUACACCAACUAUUACAAUGCCACCCAGUUGAACCUCAUCGGCCCAACUACCACCUCAUCCACAUCCACUUCCACCUCGACUACAUCAGGUGGUACAAGCUCGACCACUGGCACCACCUCGACCACUGCUCCAGGAACUACCUCAUCCACUACAUCCACCAGCACUACUUCGACUACUGCUCCAGGUACUACAACAACCACAUCGACCACCUCAUCUCCAACAACCACCACAUCAUCUACGACCAUCUCCUCAACCACAACAGAUCACCCAAGCACUGCCAGUGAUGUUAGCCCAUCAAAGAUCCUCGCCCUCAUGUUGGCCACCUUGAUCAUGUUGUCAAUGUUGUAG